AGUGAUGCCCAAGAAAUUGUGAGGGAGUUGAAGAAGAAGAAAGAAAGAAAGAUGGGUAAGGGAGCAGCAGCUUGCUCAAACUCUGUUGGCUACUCCAUGGCUUCUGCAGCAGCGAUGCCAAUUCAUAGGCCAAACAGCAAGCACCAACAAGAGAUGAUCAGUGGAAUUGGCAAUACUACUACUACCACCAAUACCGCUAUAUCAUCUUCAGAGAUGAAGCAGUGUGGCAGCUGCUCAUUCCAGAUGCCACUGCACUAUCCAAGGUACAAGAAAGUUGACUACGAGUCCAUGCCAGAGUGGAAACUCGACUGCCUCUUAUCGCAGUAUGGCCUGCCUGUUUCUGGAGAUGUCACCCACAAGAGGAACUUCGCCAUGGGAGCCUUUCUUUGGCCUUCCUAGAACUGAUCAUCCAUCCAUCCAUCCAUCUAUCUAUCUCUAUGUGUGUAUGUAUAUAUAUAUAUAUAUAUAUAUAUAUGAUCCUGACAAGCUUGGCGAGUUUGAUGAAGUUUACAUAUAGACGAUAGUUUUGUUAAAAGUUUAGAUAUAACACUACUUGUUAAAUAAAAUAUGACAGUUUUCUCUAUGUACACACCUUAUGUUUAUGUAAUCAAUUGAUGGGAGUUAAAUAAAUCAGUCGUUUGUUUGAGUGUCUAA